ACACAUACAUCUUUGUUGAGUCCCUGAGCAGUCUUUUCGAGCCUUCUCUGUGCUUUUAUAUUUGGAAUUCAAUUAACAUUACAGAUGGGCGAGUGGGAUUUCCUCGGACGACUGCUGGAUAGAGUCCAGACACACUCCACCGUAGUGGGAAAAAUCUGGCUCACCGUCCUGUUUGUCUUCAGGAUUCUAGUCCUUGGAGCCGGCGCUGAGAGAGUGUGGGGCGAUGAGCAGUCCGACUUCAUCUGCAACACAGAGCAACCGGGAUGCGAAAACGUCUGCUACGACCGCGCGUUCCCAAUCUCGCACGUCCGCUACUGGGUGCUUCAGAUCAUCUCUGUGUCCACGCCAACUCUGGCCUACCUGGGCCACGUCGUCCACGUCAUACACGCCGAAAAGAAAGUGCGAGAGAUGAUGAAGAAAGAGCUUCAGAAUGAGCAAAUCAACCUCUUCCUCAAGAAAGGCUACAAAGUUCCCAAGUACAGCCGGGAAAACGGGAAGGUCAACAUCCGUGGACGUCUUCUGAGAAGCUACAUUCUGAGUUUGCUUUGUAAGAUACUACUGGAGGUGGGUUUCAUUUUGGGCCAAUACUAUCUUUAUGGCUUCACUCUUAGGGCUCAAUAUGUCUGCAGCUAUUUCCCGUGUCCUCACAAGGUGGACUGUUUUUUGUCGAGGCCCACUGAGAAAACCAUCUUCAUUUGGUUUAUGCUGGUGGUGGCUUGCAUUUCCUUGCUCCUAAAUGUGAUUGAGAUCUUAUAUCUUUGCGCUAAGAAGAUCAGCGAGUGUCUCAGCCGCAAAAAGGACUACACCAUCACUCCGGUGACCCCUGUGGUGAGCAAAAAGAACUUUAAAAAUACAGAUCAGGUGAUACAGAAUUGGAUGAACCGCGAGUUGGAGCUUCAGAGGAGGGAACCUGGCAAUGAGGCGACCAAGAGCUUGGCUUCAGAGGGUCGCAGUGCUGACAUGCAAGAGGUUCAUAUCUGAUCAGCAGGCCUUUGUACACAAAGGCUUUCACACGGUCAACUAAAGCAAACAGUCAGUCAUACAAAGUGACUCGUGCAUGGUCAUGACCGCCUGGCUUUAAGCACACGAUGAGCUGCCUCUCUCUGUUUAACAGAUCAAUAAUGUAUUGCUGAAAUUUGUGAUGUUUUCCUUUUUCUUUAUUGUGUCUAAAAUUACUUUCUGUGUGAAGGUUCAAUGCAUUUUCAAAACUGUGACAUGUAAACUGUUCUGUUUCAAUCUGUUUCUGUAUUUAUACAAAAAUAAAUGCAUUUGAAUGCAGUUUAUGUGCAGCAAAAAAAAAAUAAAAUAAAAACAUUAUAUAAAGAUCA